GUGGGCACAGGUGGGUGGCACUGGUGGGCACAGGUGGGUGGCACUGCUGGGCACAGGUGGGUGCACUGCUGGGCACAGGUGGGGGCACUGCUGGGCACGGGUGGGUGGCACUGGUGGGCACAGGUGGGUGGUACUGCUGGGCACAGGAGGGUGCACUGCUGGGCACAGGUGGGUGGAACUGGUGGGUGGCACUGCUGGGCACCGAUCAUCAGGGCACUGAUCAUCAGUGCCCUGAUGAUCGGUGCCGAUCCCUGCUCUGACAAUUGCCGGUUCUCGGCAGUACUUUCCUCACGCUCUGACAGCGUGAGGAAAGUGCAGCCCAGAACUGGCAAUUGC